AUGGCGGGCCUCCUCCGCCGCAUCGAAGUCUCCCGCGAGACCGAUGUCGUCACAACAGCCUACAUGAACCGCGACACACGACCUCUGCCGCCGGAGCGACGCACCUACGGGCCCUGGCAGUUCGUCGGCCUCUGGGUCGUCACGGGCUCGUUCAACAUCGGCGGCUGGACGACCGGCUCCUCGCUCAUCGCCCUCGGCCUCAACGUCUGGCAGGCCAUGCUGACCGUCAUCAUCGGCCACAUCCUCGUCGGCCUCAUCUGCGUGCUCGCCGGCGGCCCGGGAGCAAAGUGGCACAUUGGCUUCUCAAUUCUGCAAAAGGCCUCGUGGGGCAUGUACGGCGCCUUCUUCCCGCUCGUGCAGCGCAUCAUGCUCUCCUUCAUCUGGUACUCUACCCAGGUCUACUGGGGCGGACAGUGCGUGCGCACUUUUAUAUCAUCCAUGGCGCCGUCCUUCAACGCCCUCGACCGCCCCCUGGCCAACGGGACAAUGACCGUCGCCGACUUCACCGGCUUCAUCAUCUUCUCGCUGCUCUGCCUGCCGCUCAUCUACAUCCGUCCCGAGCGGUACCACAUCCCCUUCGCCGUGGCCGCAUGCACCGUCAUCCCCACCGUCUUCGCGCUGCUCAUCUGGUGCGUGGCCACGGCGCACGGCGCGGGCCCGAUGCUGCGCGACAUCACGGCGACCGCCGGCGUCCAGCAAGCAACCGGCUCUCAUCUGGGAUGGAUGCUGGCGCUGGGGGUGUGCACUAACAUCGGCGGCAUCAGCACGCACAUCUUCAGCCAGUCGGACUUCACCCGCUUCGCGCGCCGGCCGCGCGACCAGCUCAUGUCGCAGCUGCUCUUCGUCCCGCUGAAUACUAUUGUAGUUGCCUUCAUCGGCAUUGUCUGCACCUCCUGCGCGGCGCAGCUGUUCCCCAAGACGCAGGGGACUUUGGUCUGGGAGCCCUACCGUUUUCUCGACGCAUUACAGGCACACUACGAUAACUCGGCCGGCGCGCGCGUGGCCGUCUUCUUCGCGAGUCUGGCCUUCAUCUUCGCGCAGUUUGGGAUUGCUGUGGCGGAGAACGCGCUGUCCAACGGGAUCGACCUCUCGGCGCUGCUGCCGCGGUACUUCAAUUUGAGAAGAGGCGGGUACCUCACCGCAGCCUUCGCGUUCGUGAUGCAGCCCUGGCAGCUGAUGAACGGCGCGAGCAAGUUCCUCACCGUGAUGGGCGGGUACGGCGUGUUCCUGGGCUCGAUGACGGGCGUCAUGUUUGCCGACUACUACCUGGUCCGCGGCCGCAACCUGAAGCUCACGCACCUCUACGAGGCCACGAGCGCGAGCGUGUACUGGUACUGGGAGGGCGUCAACUGGCGGGCGGGCGUGGCCUGGGUCAUGGGGACCUGGGCGCUGUUGCCGGGCUUCAUCCAGCGGGUGCAGGAUCCCACGGUUGAGAAGGACGGGUGGUCGCAUCUAUAUUACCUUGCGUGGCCGCUGGGGUGUACGUUGGCGGUUGUGACAUACUGCCUGCUUCACUACGUUGCCCCGAUCGAGAGUCCGACGGCGGUUGAUGAUGCGGAUUACUUUGGUACGUUCGGUCCGAGAGAGGGCACGGUGCUUGAUGGCCGGGAGCAGUCGCCGACCAAGGAGGCCGAGAUGGAUGAGAGCUCCAAGAGUCAAGGGUCCACGGAGGAUAAGACGGUCUGA